UACUACGCUGCUUUAUGAUUUCAAUGCGACCACAGUCACGCUCAAGCAAUGGUGGCUUGCUCAUGAUACUAUAACUCUGCUGGCAUGUCCGAGUCAUCGGGUUACAGAGCAGACAGUUCGGGAGAUGGAAAGGAGAAGAAGAAUCCGAUCAAGCGAAAUGCCUUCGCGGAGCUAAUGUCCACGAAGAGCAAGCAGCGCAAAUCCACAUCCACAUCCACCAAAACCGAUACCACCACCACCACAAUCACCUCAAAACGAAGAGCCAUCGGGGGUCCCCGCGACGGACUCGGCGCCUACAUCGCCAACCCAACCGCCUACCCCUCCAGCACCGUGAUCUACCACAACGACGACUUCGUCGCGGUUCGCGACCUCUUCCCCAAAUCCACGCUGCACCUGCUGCUGCUGCCCCGCGACCCCACCAAGACCCGCCUGCACCCGUUCAACGCCCUCUCUGACGAGGCGUUUUUGGACAAGGUGCGGGCGGAGACGCACCGGCUGCGCGCGCUGGCCGCGGGCGAGCUGCGCCGCCUGCACGGGCAGUUCUCGGCGCAGGAGGCGGCGCGGCGGGCGGCGCUGGACCGCAACCCCCCGCCGGAGGAGCUGCCGCGCGGGCGCGACUGGGAGCGCGAGCUCAUGUGUGGAAUCCACGCGCAUCCGUCCAUGAACCAUCUGCACAUCCAUGUCAUCUCCGUGGACCGGUACAGCGACCGGCUGAAGCAUCGGAAGCACUACAAUAGUUUCUCUACGCCAUUCUUCGUGCCCAUCGACGACUUUCCGCUGGCGGAGGAUGAUCCCCGGCGCAGGCCAGAUGAGAUGGGGUAUCUGCGACGGGACUUUGUCUGUUGGCGCUGUGGGCAGGGGUUUGGGAAUCGGUUCACGGAGCUCAAGGCGCACCUCGCGGAGGAGUUCGACGCUUGGAGGCAGUUAUAAUAGAAGGUCCACAGUGGACACGUGGAGAUGGUAAAAGGUUUGGGUUCAAGGACCAAGGGCGUGGUACCCCUUGUGUAACUUCAUUAUUCGAUCCUUGAGUGUUUCUAAUGGAACCCUGAAGCCUAAAUUGCAAAAGCUCCAUUUGCCUAAGUCAAAUGUGGACAUAAAUGUACACGCAAAAUGAAAAAACAGGAC